AAAAAAGCCAUUUCGCUGAAAAUGAUAGUACUGCAAAUCGCCAUCCUUCCAAAACUUAAAAAUACCCAAAAUAACCUCAAAACUCUGCUUCCCACCACCGCUGUCGCCGUCGCCGUCGCCGCCGACCCCGGCUUGAGAUUCAGGCAGAAGGUAAGAUAUCUCCAAUUCCUGAGAGUAAAUCCCACAAAAGCCCUCCACAAAAAUCCUAAUCUCCGUUCUGCCCCUAUUUCCACUCUCCUCUCCGUCACCCAAUGCCUCUCAUCCAUGGGCGUCGAGCUCGCCUCUGCCGGCCGCAUUCUGGACAUGUACCCGCAGCUUCUCACCGCCGAUCCUUACGCGGAUAUAUACCCAAUUUUCGAUUUUCUAAUCAACGUUGUCCGAAUUCCAUUUCCCGAUAUCAGGAAGGCAAUAAUUCGAUGCCCUAGGCUCCUUGUUUCCGAUCCGGAUACUCAGUUGAGGCCGGCGUUUCAGUUCCUGACUGAAUUGGGGUUUUCGGGAUCAAAUAGAUUGACCGCUCAGACCACGAUGUUACUGGUUUCUAGCGUCGAGUUUACUUUGAUGCCCAAGAUUGAUUUUUUGGUGGGGCUAGGGUUUGCUUACGAUGAAGUAAGGAAUAUGGUGCUGAGGUCGCCGGGGCUGUUGACAUUUAGUCUGGAGAAUAAUUACGUGCCCAAGGUGGAGUAUUUCUUGAAGGAAAUGAAUGGGGAUUUGGUUGAAAUUAAGCGUUUUCCGCAGUAUUUUUCGUUUAGCUUGGAGAAGAAGAUUAAGCCGCGCCACAGGCUUUUGAUGGAGCAUGGAUUUUCUAUGCCGUUGUCGGAUAUGUUGAAGGUUAGUGAUGGGGAGUUCAAUGCGCGGUUGAUUGAGAGGCGACUGCAGAUGGUGGAAAUCAGAUCAUCCUAGCUUUAUAUAAUGGAGCACUUCGAUAGUGAUUCCCCCGUCACGAGCGAGUCACAAACGCCGACUUUUUCCGUUAGAGUUGGGGGAAAUGCCGGCAGGAGUGCACCGAUGUCCGGGGUGAUGCCCGGGUACUACAAUAUGUACCCCCCUUGGUGUGGGAUGAUGCCCCAAAUGCCCGGGAUGAGUGCCGCGAUGCUCCGGAUGAUGCAGGGCAUGCCUGCCGCUAUGGGGGGAGCGGGUCCCCCAAUCACCUGGGGACAAUGUCUAUCGCCCCUACAUGAAUCUAUUGUCGGGUGAUUCCCACCAGAGUAUUCAUCUGAAGACUCAGUUCACCGGCGUCGAGACUUUCUCUUUUGAGGAGUUGGGGCUAUCUCCGGUUAGGGAUUCUCCCACUGAGAUGCCAUCGGCGACAUGGAGGACGAGGAGUGAGACGGGGGCCGCAUUUGUCGAAGCUGUAUGUUAUUUUUUUAACUAUGUAUUUUUUAAUAAUUAUGUAUAUUUUUGUUUUAAAUAAAGUGGUUGCAUUUUCUCCGUA